UGUAGCCUUGAUGUUAACAGUCAGAUUAGAUUAGCCACUCCUCCGUUAGCACGGGCGCUGGAAAUGAUAGCUACAGCUAGUGUAUGCGCAAUUUUGAAAGAUGGCUGGAGACUUGCGAGGUCUUGCGCUGGAGAAAGCCGAGCUGCUUUCCAGCCACUUGAAGGAGCUGCUGUCUUCGGGACAGGGAUAUGUUCGGGCUCGCUUCGGGGUUGACUUGGGUCUGAAGCCCGAGCUGUACCCGACGUGGGUCAUCCUGUCCACGGUCGCGGCGGGUCUUCUGCUGCUGCUCAGUCUGUCGUGGGCCGCUGUUUGCGGCGGGCUGCUCGCCGGGAAAAAGCGGGGAUCCCCGGUCACACACGGCAGCAGCAGGAGCAGCAGCAGCGGCGGCGGCGGUGAGCCCCUCAAGGCCGGUUUCGCUAAAACUGCCAAACCAGAAGAGCAGAAGAAGAAGAACAAAAAGAAAACGGUAGAAAAGAAGUCUCAGUCCAAUGGACAGCCAGUGACUGUGGCUCAAGAGGAAGUUAAAGUGGCUGAGGCGGUUUCUAAGCUGCCAGCACAGAUCAAAACUGAGAAGAAGCAGGAGGUGCAAGCCCCAGUGCAGGUGAAGAAGAACAAGAAGAAGAACAAGACAGAUGUGAAACCAGUUCAGCUUUUGUCUUCAAACGAUGGGAAGGAACCUGAUGACGGUGUGUGGGAGACAAAAGUCAGUAACCGAGAAAAGAGGCAGCAGCGCAGGAAGGAAAAGGGUCCCGAGGACUCUGGCGGUCCAGGAAGUGUGGAAGCAUCAAAAACGCACGUGGAGGCAACUGUACCAGCAGCAGUUAACAAGAGGAACAGAGGAAGCCAUGAGUCUUUUCAUUCAAGAACCACUGGAAAGGGAGAUGCAGCCAGUGAAGCCGUUAAAGACAAAGUUUCCUCCAGCUGGAGGAAAGAACCUUCAGUCAAUGGUGGAGGCUGGAAUGAUAUGUCCUUGAAGAUCCCAGGUCAGAUGAGCACUAUGGAGGGAAACAAGUGGAGUGCUAUCUCAGCAGCUACACAUUACAGGGCCCCGCCAGAACCCCAGCCAUGGGCUCAGGAGUCACAAGCAACAGCGUGGAGUGGCAUUGAUGGCCGGAUAAAGGCUGACCUCAGCCCAGUGUCCUUCUCCAUGCUGGGACUAAACACCACAGAUCCAAUUUCAAAUUCAGUGGAUCUGCAGUGGGCAAGCCGCCCUAAGGUUGAUGAUGAAUGGUCAGGAUUCAAUGGGAUGGCAGCAGCAGAUCCCAGCUCUGACUGGAAUGCCCCAGUGGAGCAUUGGGGAAACUAUGAAGAGCCCCCCGUGUUGGUGACACCAGCUCCUGUACAGAAAGAACAGCCCGUCCCCAAUAAGGUGUUGGAGGAUGAGAGGGACACAGAGGAUCCGUCCGGCGGAGAAGCCAAAUCGAAAAAGAAGAGGAAAAAGAAGAAGAAAACAGAAGAGGAGACUGCAUCUGACGCUCAGACGGUGAGCACGGUGCACGUAGUCAACACAAUACCCAAACCCCAAGAGCUUCCUGCACUGCCCUCCAAAAAGCAGAAUGCCAGCAUAUCCUCCUCUCAGAAGAGGUCAGAGCAGAUUGCGGAGCCUCCGAAGUCCUCCCAGAAGAAAAAGGUCCGAAGGGAAACAUGAAGUCACUUCACAGGUCCAGACAAAGCAUAUGCAAAUGAUUGUUAAACGUGUCACAUGCAAUAAUCACCAGGUACACAGUUCAGAGAUCAGUUUCACAAACAAAAAAGUAAACAAGCAGAAGGCAUCACCUGCUUGGCGAAAUUCAGAGAUGAAAUGUAGUCCUAUGGACUGAAAACUUAAUGUUAAUUUGCACUAUUUGCUAUACUGCAAACAGAGUGGAGUUUGGGGUGAGGUGGGCUUUUAGUAGAGGUACAUAUUUAAUGACAGCAAAGGUUUUUUGUUUUGAGAUUUUUUUUGCCCCCUCUGAGAGUGUAUGUAAUUGUUAACCCCAAAAAAUAAAACGGGUUUUAAAUUUUUAUUUCUUUUGUGAUUUUUUUUCUUUUUUUUUAACCAGAAAACCACACUUUUUUGUUCCCCACGGUGUUGCACUUUGUUUUGAUUGCUGUGCAGCAGCCCCCCUAUGAGUUAUUGAAAGGUUAUGGAGCAGAGAAAUCUACCUAUCUCACUCACAUGCCCAUAUGUACACUGACAGAUUAAGAUACUCCUGCUCUUUAUAGUGGGUUUGAUGUGACAUCCGUCAUUAAGAGCUGUACUUGUGUUCAGCUGACUACUACCAUUAGACACAUUGAUUGGUACUGAUGGGUGCUACAGGACAGUGAUGUAGCUGCAAAAUGAUAUAGGCACUUGGCAACUUUGCUUUUAUGUAGGAAUACAACCAGGUGAAAACCAGCCUAGUCAAGUCCUAUACUGGAAAGAGUUGUGUCGCCCAGAGGUUGAGGGUGUUGCAUGCUCAACUUCUGGGCGACCAGUUGGUCACCACAACUACUUGUAGUCGUUACCAACAUAAAUAUUAAAUAAAUGCAAUCACCAGGCAACCCUAAAAAGAGGCUGCGGUCCUGUUUUUUACUCUCGCAUGAUUGAACCACAACUCACGGCUCUGUCAGCAUACAUAUGGCAUGUGAGUAUUCUUUUGAGAUAGGUUUGUGUAUUAUUUUGUCUAAUAUUUCUGUCAUUUGAGUGCAAACACUCUGCUGUAGGGUGUGUAGUUUGCGCUUUUAAUGAAUGAAUGAGCGGCAGCUGUGGUCCAUGUCAGUUACACUGGUGUUAAAGGCAUCUUAGCCAUAGAAGCACAGCCAUUACUGUCCAACUCCUAACUGUACACCUGUCUAACUGUAUGCACAAAAUACAGCUUUGCUACAAAUAAAUGAAAACACUUCUGUCUGAGCUUCAGGGUGUCAGAAGGGAAAUGUUGGGAGGCUGAAAGUUAGUAAAUGAUAUGAUGUAUAUUCUUUUUGAAUGACAGAUUGGAUUUUUGAUAUUAAACAACUGAUUCUGGAUCCCCACUGGAUCCAGAACUGUACAUCCAGGCUGCAGUAACUGAUAUGAACCACCAGGAGGCACUGUAUUGUGAAGUUAAGAGUGGGAUUAAACUAUACUGCAGUAGCACUACAAAAGUGUAAUCCCUCUACUUUUAUAAACAAUAUCGCCCUGAGUAUGUCUGUCUUUUAUCUGACUGGAUUGUAUUUAGAUUUUUUUUCCAUACCUAAUGAUCACUUCUGAACUCUUGUGAUUUUUUUUUAACAUUUCUUCCACUUUUGUGCUAGAAAAAGCCAUGCCAUAUGUACAGAUUGUAAGGGCUUUUUCCAGUUCUGUAAUUGCACUGUGCAAAAGGCUGUAUUUGGUUCCUUUUGAUUUUGAAGAAAUGUUUUUACUAUCUUUUGCAUAAUGUGAACUAUUUUAACCUUUUUAGUUUGGACCUUUGUUCCAAGAUGUGUGAUGGGCUAAAUGUUUUUGACCUAAAGUGAGAAUGAGGAUAUACUUAAAGAUAUGACGUAGAGCAGCUUUAACUCCACAUCUAAGUUGAUUUUAAACAAGACACACACACAUACAUACACUCACAGAAUUACAGACAUAUAUGAAAGGAAUUUAAUUCCAUUGCCUUAACUUGUAGUUGUAUAGAAAGUGCUUUGGAGUCCUUUUUAUAGUUUCCAUCCAAUUGCAAGUUUUGAUGUCAGAAUUGAUUUAAUUUUGCAUGACUUUGAUAAUAGAAUGAGAUAAAGUGAUCAAACUUUUGCUUUAAAUGUUAGUACUUGGUCCACUCAUAGUACCACUCAGUAUCUAUACUGUAAUAGCUUUCUGUAUGGAGACAAAUUGCAGCUUUCAUGUGGGCAUCCACUUUAAGGGGACAUUACCAUGUUUUUGUGAGAUGUAGUGCAUCAAGGCGUCGAUCAGCUGAUGGUGGUAGUUGUUGGUAGACCUGGUAGAUCGCAGAGGAUAAAGUGAUAUGUCACUGUGGUUUCAGGUGCCCUUUUGUUAAAUUUUUACUGAUGAAUAUGAUGAUGACUCAAUCAACGUAUUUAUAUACUUGUCUCUAGGAAAUGUUGUUUUGUGAAUGGUUUUGAUUAAUGAGGAGAUAAAAAUGAAAUUUCUAUGUUUGUUUGGUAAAGAUGAAAAUUAAAUGAGAAGUGCUUGUA